CAACUGCGCCGACUUCUCAACUAGCUGGCUUCCAGCACUGGGCAGUCGCCUUGUAUGUUAUUGCCUCAUAUGCCACCUCUAUUACUCAAGCAUGCAUUGUACACGGCGUACAUGCGCAUGUCUCAAUGUACUCCAUGAAUGCCCAUGCUAACAUGUGAUAGCAUUGUUUGUAACUUCAACGUGGAUGUGGGUCCGGAAAUAGAGAUCAUAUACCCUCCCGAUACUCCAUUCGCACAGGGUGACCUCAGCGCCAUCUGCUUCAACAGCUUUCCGGAGCAGCAAAAUACGGAGACCCAGGACGACCUCACUUUCAGCUUUUCCAUCGCCAACAACUCACCCGACGUCAGACUGAGUUCGCCUCGAGCUCCCCAUGCGAGCCCAGACACCUUUUAUGGCUCUUGUGUCUUUCGUCAGGAGUAUGAUGGUUCCAUGAAGAGAAGUUUCAACCAGCGUACUUUGGUUCUCAUCACCCAUCAUAAUUUUCCGUCAUUCUACCACCGAUUACUGCACCAAAUGGCGUCUGGACAACACAUCAGUGAUCCAACAACGCUCGAAGCAGCCCACUCACAGAUGGCAACGUGGCCGGCACCCGCCCUUGGUCGGCAAGAUCUUCCGUUCAUAGGCUCCAUGCUCACUUUGGAUAUUGCUCCACACUCGGCCUUCCCGCUCCAAGGCUUAUCUGGGCCUAUACCAUUGAUUCACGAGAAAAUCAACCAGAUCCAAGCUUACCAACCCCUCGGCUCUUGGGAUAGAAUAAUGCACUUUAUGCCCUGUAUAUCCGACCUCUAUAUUCUCUUCGAAAAGCUGGUACUCUGUGAGAGCAUCAUAGUGAUCGCUGAGUCGCCCCAAUUAGCCACUGAAGCUGUGUCGUCAUUGGUUGACCUCGCUCGCCCAAUACCCUACGCUGGUAUAGUGAAGCCAUAUGCAACGAUGCAGGCAGACUUUCGCUGCGUGGGUGUCGAUGGGGGCAUCCCGAAUCCUUUUAUAAUAGGCAUCACGAACCCGUUCUUGUUAAAACGCAUCGUGGGUGCAGUCGAGGCUACACAACGAACGCGACCUUACAUUCUAUACCUUCAGAAUUUUGAUGGGCCGGUGCCGGCAAAGCGUCAUCAUUCCCUCCAUCACAAGUCUAGCCGGAAUGUCCUUCUGAACCUCCCCGGCGGCGGCAUCGAGGCGCGUAUGCCUUCUAAACGCUUCCUUAAAUCCGAUCACGAUAUUAUCUCUCACAUUGAAACACUUCUCAAAUCUGGGGAUCAGACUCACGACAUCGAUCCCUUGGUUCGUCGUCACUUUGCUGAGCUCACAGCUCAGUUCCUCGCACCCAUCAACCGGUAUCUUGCAGCGACGAAUGUUAUGUCCCCUGGUGGUGGCCAACGAUACGCAAGCUUUUCUUCGUCGGAAUUUAUGCAGAAUCUGGUGAAACACGGUACAAGUUUGAAGAUUCGAGGGCAAAGCCCCAUCCAUAAGCAUCGUCACAGAGAUGGGUUUUAUGAGAGUUUUUGCCAGUCGUCGAACUUUUACUCAUGGCUUGACAUGAAGCUAUCGUUGGAGAAGGAGGCCAGCGCUGGUAUGCUGGGCGCGACUAGUUGA